UUUAAUUCUUUCUGUUCCUAUUUGCAAAUUUAUGAAGUACUGUACCGGUAUUUCAACACAUUUCGUUGUCAUUCAUUUGCGUUUUAUCACCGCAUUUGACCGGAGGAUUGUUAUUUGAUUGACUCCAUUAGGUUUGUCGUAAGCUUGCAACGCCACUUGUGUGUUCAUGUUUUAUCACCACAUUAGAUCAGAGGAUUGUCUUUUGUUGGCUUUGUCUGACACUGUGGCUCACCUCGGCUCACCUCAAUUAAAACUGGUUUCCUCCGUCGUGAUUGUCACGAUACACAACGCAGAGUCAAAACGCUGGUUCCAUACGUCCCGCCUCUUGUCGGUGAAAGACCAAUGAUUAGUCACAACACCAGGAAGACUUUGCACUCUGUGGUCCAUUCAUUGUGCAGCACUGCAAACUUUAACAGGCUGUCUUCGACUACGACGGAUUCAGUCAUUAUGGAUAUAUCAUAUGAGGAUCUGAAAGCACUUUUGGAGCACCCAAAUAUAUGUCUUAUUGACGUCCGUACUCAGUCGGAAGUGGACAAGGGACGUAUACCUGGAUCUCUUCAUAUCCCAGUUGAUGCAGUGGAAGUGGCCUUACAGAUGUCACCAGAAGAAUUCAAAGCAAAAUACGGAGUUAACAAGCCACAGUUCAACUCCUCAGAGCUGGUCUUUCAUUGCCAAAUGGGAAAACGAGGGGAAACGGCCACAUGCAAAGCAAAGCAACUUGGCUACUCGCAUGCACGAAAUUACACCGGAGGAUACAAGGAGUGGUCUGAGAGAGGAGGGCAAUGACAUGAAUGAGAACAUGGUGCAAUAUACCAAAAGCAACCAUGUAUUUUAGUGUUUAUCUUGGUUGGUUUUCAAUGACACUCCGUGUUUUAAUAAAA